UUUGAGUAAAAUUCCCAACGGUUCCCCUUCGAAGCAACGCCUUUCCGCCAUUGACGGAGCUCUGAUCCAGAAGAAACCAAAACGAGGAUGCCGCCCAAGCUCCGAUCUUUGCUUCUCCCUCGCUUCAUUUUCUGUUCUUUCCUCCUUCUACUCUUGUAUUCCUUUCCUCGCCGUCCAACCACAGCGCGCUCCGCCUCUCCUCCGCCGUGCGACCUCUUCUCCGGCCGAUGGGUAUUCAAACAGGAAGAUCCGAAACCAUUUUACGAUGAGACUUGCCCAUUCCACAGAAACUCAUGGAACUGCAUAAGGAACAAGAGAGAAAACAUGGGUCUCAUCAAUUCAUGGAGAUGGGUGCCCGAUGGCUGCGGGUUGAACCGAAUCGACCCGACCCGAUUUCUCGGGGUGAUGAGGAAUAUGAAUAUAGGGUUCGUAGGGGAUUCUCUGAACGACAAUUUCUUGGUCUCGCUUCUGUGUAUACUCAGAGUGGCGGAUCCGAGUGCUAAGAAGUGGAAAAAGAAAAGGGCUUGGCGAGGAGCUUACUUUCCUAAGUUCAAUGUCACGGUUGGUUAUCACAGAGCUGUUCUUCUUGCCAAAUAUCAGUGGCAGCCGAAACCAUCUGCAGAAACUGUUCAAGACGGUGUGAAAGGGAUAUAUCGGGUGGAUGUUGAUAUUCCUGCAGAUGAUUGGGUCAAUGUCACUGGCUUCUAUGAUGUCCUCGUAUUUAAUACCGGUCAUUGGUGGGGUUAUGAUAAGUUUCCUAAAGAGACGCCCCUUGUCUUCUACAGGGGGGGAAGGCCUAUAGAUCCUCCUUUACAGAUACUCCAAGGCUUUGAAGUAGUACUUGAAAAUAUGGUUUCCCGUAUUGAAAGAAUUGUUCCAGCCAAGACCCUGAAAUUCUGGCGCUUGCAAUCGCCAAGACAUUUCUAUGGCGGCGAAUGGAAUCAGAAUGGGAGCUGUUUGUCUGAUAAGCCACUUGACGAAAACCAGCUUGAUUCGUGGUUCGAUCCCAGCAACAAUGGAGUGAACAGAGAAGCUAGAGAGCUUAACCAAAUCAUCAAGAAGGCGAUACGAGGGACGGAUAUCAAGUUACUCGAUCUAACCCAUCUGAGUGAGUUCAGAGCAGAUGCUCAUCCAGCUGUCUGGUUGGGGAAACAAGAUGCGGUGGCGAUAUGGGGACAGGACUGUAUGCACUGGUGCCUUCCCGGUGUCCCUGACACGUGGGUCGACGUUUUGUCUGAACUCGUUCUCGAUAACUUUGGAACACGGUGAAGGAUCUUGUUCGAUGAAUCUAUAGAGAGAGUACACUUGCUUGGUUUUGUUGACGCUGUGAAGAGAUCAUCAACCCGGUGAAGAACAUUUCUGCAGUGUAGACUCUGAGAUUAGCAUCUGUAGCAAUUAAUUAUAUUCACAUUUGGUCUCGUUGUUAGUUUGUAAAUGAUUCUUUUAUAUAAAUUUAUUUUUGUUGAUUA